GCCGGGGCUUCCGUCCGCCCGUCCUGUGGCGUCGUGAGGGAAGCGGAGCCGGGGGUUCGGGCGUUCCCUGCAGAGAUGGUGUCGCUGCUGCCGCGCAUCGAGCGGCUCUCGUCGCGGGUGGUGCGGGUGCUGGGCUGCAACCCGGGGCCCAUGACCCUGCAGGGCACCAACACCUACCUGGUGGGCACCGGGCACAGAAGAGUCCUUAUUGACACCGGAGAGCCAGCUAUUCCUGAAUAUAUCAGCUGUUUAAAGCAGGCACUGUCAGAGUUCAACAUCGCAAUUCAAGAAAUUUUAGUGACACACUGGCAUCGUGAUCAUACUGGUGGAAUACCUGAUAUCUGCAAAAACAUCCCAAAUGGCUCGGAAUAUCGCAUAUGUAAGCUCCCUCGUGUCCCUUACCUUGAAGAAGCAAUAGAAGGAGGACACAAAUAUUUUUAUCUUAAAGAUGGAGAUAUGAUACAGACAGAGGGAGCCACACUCAGAGUUUUAUAUACACCGGGACACACUGAUGAUCAUAUGAUUUUACAUCUAGAAGAGGAAAAUGCUAUAUUUUCUGGUGACUGUAUUUUAGGGGAAGGAACAACAGUAAUAGAAGACCUGUCUGAUUACAUGAAAACUUUGAAAAAGUUGUUAGACAUGAAACCAGAUUUGAUUUAUCCAGGUCAUGGCCCAGUAGUACGUGAUGCAAAUACUAGAAUCCAAAACUACAUUUCUCAUCGACUUGCACGUGAACAGCAAAUUCUAAAUGUUUUCCAGAAGAAUACUGGGAAAUCAUAUACAUCCUCGGAGCUUGUAAAGAUUGUAUACAAGGAAAUCCCUGAUAAUUUACUUCCAGCAGCAGAACAUAACCUCCUAGUCCACUUGAAGAAGCUGGAAAAAGAAGGAAAAGUGUUACGUGAUGAAACUCCCAGCUUCAGAUGGAAAAACAAUUUAUAAGUUAGGCAAGAUUGCUGAGGCAUGUAUAUAAUCUGCACUGUUGCUGUAUGAAAAAUCAUAACAAUGAACUAGGGCUGUAUGUAAAAUAAAAACUAAUUUUUGUUUAUUUUUUAAAAAAGUGAUAACAGUUUUAAAACAAUGUUACAGUAAGUUAACUAACAUUUUUCAUUGAUUUCAUAUUCUAUUUUAUUGGAAUUUUAAAAUACCCUGGUGGGUAGUUAAUAAAAUUGAAUGAGUGUGAAGCAUAGAAUCUUACUUUUGUUAUAAAAUCCUGAGUUUUGUCAUUGGUGGCAAAAGACAAAUAGCAAGGUCUUACAAAUUUAAUAUUAUAAUAUCUUGUAGAAAUAUUAUAAACUUAAUAAUUUACAUAUAUUAAAGAAUUCUUUAGUAAAAAAACCCAGAAAAUAUGUUAUUCUAAACCUGGUUUCACCUGCUUGUGCUUCUCAAAAAGUGAUUUUCUAAUAAGUUAUCUGUAUAUUCCAAAAAACCAAGUUAUUUUUGCUAACAGGUAUAAAUACUGGGGUUUAUGUUGCUUUUCUAAUUCAGUUGACUGUGCUCAUCCUCACUGGUUGCUCAGUGCAAUACGUUUUAGCAAACACUGAAAGUAAUUUCAGGGGUUUGGGUUUUUUUGGUGGAAACACCAUUUCUAUGGAAUUCAUUCAAAGGAUUCAUUAAUUUUAACUAAUGAGUAUCAAAAAAUGCAUAGAGUUGGAGCAGACUCUUAAAUUCUUUAUAAGAUUCUGCAAGUAUGUGAUUAAAAAGCUGUAUAAAUUGAGAUGUGUAUUACAUGCCAUAUGAAGUUAACCUUGUCUGUGACAUUAUGGCUCACAAUCUUCAAGUUUUUCUACCAAUCCACUUAAAGUAAAAUAUUCCUAACUAAAAGGUUGCAUUUGGUUGUAAGAUACUGUACAGUGUAUUAAAAUAUGUUUGGAGAUUAAUUUAAAACUGCAAGUUCAGUUCUCUGUGAACCUUACACUUGCAGAAUAGUACAUAAAUAUUUGCAUUACUUUGUAUAUUCAAGGUGUGUGACAUUUGAUGAUAUGUACAUUUCUAAAAAAAACAAGAGCAGUUCUGAGAUGUUUGAAAAUAUCAAGGACAAAUACAUGUUCUUGAAAACCUUUCACCAUUCAAUCCUGUCCCCUCAUUUGUGAAACAUGCAUAUAAGUUUGAGUACUUAAGGCAUGUCUUAAUAAUUGUCAUUAUUUUAUGAAGCUGGUCAUAUUUGUUCUGAUCAGCUGAGACAAAUCCAACACAAGAAUACUUAGAGGAAUAGCAACCCCAAACUGAAAUCAUAUUCUGAAGUAGUAGGCAGACCCCUGAAGAAGGGGAAUAAUUACUUUCUGCUAAAAUUAUGUUUCUUGCAAACCUCAUUGAUCUGAAAUUGGGCCACAUAAUGACUCAUGUUCACUUUUAACUUUUUCUGCAGUGCCAUUUUGAGGUCUUUCUCAGGUCUCCUAGGUUUCCUUCCUAUUGUAUUUUCUAUUUACUUACAUUUUUCCAGACACUUUUUAUCCCUUCCUCCCACAAACUUUUUUUUUCUUCAAUUCCUUCUAAAAUAAUUACUCAGUUUUCAAAUGGACUUCUCUCCAUUAAUAAUUAGUUUUCCUGUAGCUAUUCCAUGAAUUAAUAGUUACCUUUUCCAUUGUUAGGCAUAAAAAUGUAAUUAUCACUGCUUUAUUGAAAAAGAUAACUCACAUGCUCUGAAUGGUGUCAUUUUGCUUCAAGAAAACAGAAAUAUUAGUGAAAUGACAGUUUUCUGUCGUGAGGUCUGAGAAUGUAAGACAGCAGGAAAUCGGCAUGAAGAGGUGAUGUCUCAUUAUCUUUCUGAGCAAAAGAAAAAAAUCUAAUGUCACAAUGCUUUUCUUCUGUUUUGUAUGAUUUUUGAAAUACAUGGAAAUGGCUUUAGAAUGCACUUAAAGAAUUGUUGGAACUUGCAAGCGGUGAAGAAAGCAAGAGGCUACAAAGAGAAAACCAUGUUCCAUGCUGUGCUGCAGCAAAUGCCUGACAUCUUAAAAAACACCAAGGAAAAAGGCUGUUUAACCAGAGAAGUCAUUAAUGGUUGUGUAUGGUGGUUUUGGAAUAUUGUGAGCAGAAAUUGCACUGUUGCUAAGUGUACAUAUAAUAAUAAAGGAUACUUGGCUAUGGCAUCUUGAAAA